GUUUCAGUAUUUGCUCCCAAAAUUUACAAACUCAAUCUUUCUCAACGCCUUAACCAUUCCUACUUGCACCACUGACCAAUAUUAUCCUCAAUAAGUCAGGAUGGGCUAUCUGAAAACUACUUACGACUAUUUCGAUCUCAAUGCACCUUUCACCCCCCUCCCGAAAUAUGGUCAUCUUACCAAAAAGACCCCCGAGUAUGAACAAGCAGAACCUUUCAUCCGAGAGGCAUAUGGGGCUCUUCAAUCCCUUCCCGACUUUCCCAGUGUCCGCGCAGCCGCUGGUGAUGCAGAUGCAGUGAUACCGCCGGGCGGACCUGAUCGCUACAAAGAUGUUAUCACAGAACUGAUCGACAUUCCUACUCGUGAUGGUACCAUGGUUGAGCUUAAGGUGUACAAGUCGCCUAAUGCUAAGGCAAACGCUGUUUUGAUGUAUCGAAUGCAUGGUGGCGGAUGGUGUGUUGGGCGACAUGAGGUCGAUGGCAUCGAUAACGUCUACGCUGCCUCAAACCCCAGUAUUGUUGUUGUUAGUGUCGAUUACAGGAAGGCACCAGAGCAUCCCUUCCCAACACCAAUUAAUGAUUGCUAUGACGGGCUCAUCUGGUGUAAAAAGAACGCAGGCGGGCUAGGCAUCGAUCCUGAGAGGAUUAUACUCAGCGGAGGUUCCGCCGGCGGUCAACUGGCCGCUUCUCUAGCUCUAGACUGCCUCAAAGACGGUGUAACCGGUCUCAUCGCUCAAGUGCUGCACUUCCCAUCAACAUGCCAUCCCAAAUUCUUUCCCCAGGAUAAAUACGAAUACGGCAGCUACAUCCAGAACUACGACGACGCUGUCUUGAACACAAUAAGCAUGGAGACUGUCUUCGAUGCUCAUGCUCCUGAUGCAAAGCCGGACCACAGGCACUCGCCUCUCCUUGCGAAAUCAUUCAAGGGCCUUCCCCCAACGCUGAUUCAAUGCGGUGGAGCUGACCCCCUUCGAGAUGAUUCAUUCGCCUACGCUGAAGCUCUCAAAGAGGAUGGUGUUGACGUCGAGAUUUACUGCUAUGCUGGGCUGCCACAUUGGUUUGCUGCUAUUCUUCCCCAAACCUCGCAAAGCGUUCAGUUUUAUGAGAGAUACAGCACCUUCUUGGUAAAGCAUGCAGGAAAGUGA